GUGAAAAUGUUGAAUCGUAUCACUUCCUAUUUCCCAUGAUAAAUUAAGUGGUGUAAAUGUCAUGCAUGUAGCCUAAUAUGGUCCAUAUGUUACAUAAUGCAAUACAAACGUGACAUGCCUGCCAACUGUUUGUACUGUAGUGUGUACACAUCUUGGCUCCACUAGGGGCGCCAUGGAGCCUGAAAUUAAGGUUUAUCCAACUCCUCUUGAUGCUCUGCAGUUGCCGUCGGGAUGAUGAAGGAUAACAGACAGCUAGGGAAAUGGCUCUUAUUGCUUUGAAAUGAAUGAUUACCAGAUUUUUUGCAUAAACCAUUGGGCUGGGAUGGUUAGGUCGGCGGCUGACUGUCAGAUGAUAUCUACUUGAUGGAUUCCCAUGAAUAUUAUUGUUAGAGUGCAACCAACUGCCUCAAUCACUGAAGACUGUUUGACAAAGUAUCACCUUGCUUGACAGAACAGGUGCUUCUUGUGAAGGAGUGCUCCAAACUGUCCUCGAUUUACUGAACUGGAAAGCAAAAUGAAGAUAUCCCAAACCAUAAAUCAUGACUCUGGUUUACCUGUCGAUUUGACGGACGUAUAAAAUAAUCUCUUGAUGUUUCGGUGUGUGUCUGCAGGAUACUGACUAUUUUUCUCACACACACACAUUAAAGGACAUCUUCUUGUAUCAAACCAGAGUUCCAAAAGAGGACCGUCAAGAUGUUUUCGGCUCUUAAGAAGCUGGUGGGCACCGAGCCUGGCCAGCUAGGAAACAAAAACAUUCCAGCUGGUUUGCAGUCAAUGAACCAGAGCCUACAGAGAAGGUUUGCCAAGGGAGUACAGUACAACAUGAAAAUCAUAAUCCGCGGAGACCGGAACACGGGAAAGAGUGCCCUAUGGCACCGACUACAGGGGAAGAAGUUUCUGGAAGAGUACAUCCCCACACAAGAAAUCCAGGUCUCCAGCAUCCACUGGAACUACAAAACGACAGACGACGUUGUCAAGGUGGAAGUUUGGGACGUGGUGGACAAAGCAGGGAAAGGCAAGAAGCGAGGAGAAAUGCUGAAAACUGAGAAUGAACCCCAGGAGAAUGAGACUGAGAUGGCUCUGGAUGCAGAGUUCCUGGAUGUGUACAAGAACUGUAAUGGAGUCAUCAUGAUGUUCGACAUCACCAAACAAUGGACAUUUGACUACAUCGUGCGGGAGCUGCCCAAAGUGCCCACCCACGUGCCCAUCUGUGUGCUGGGCAACCAGAGGGACAUGGGCGAACACCGGGUCAUCCUGCCCGACGACACCCGAGAGUUCCUCUGUCACCUCAACAGGCCUCCAGGUUCUUCUUACAUCCACUACGCUGAAUCUUCCAUGAAGAACGGCUUUGGCCUCAAGUACCUGCACCGCUUCUUCAACAUCCCCUUCUUACAGCUUCAGAGGGAGACCCUGCUGAGACAACUGGAGACCAACCAGCUGGACAUAGACGCUACUCUGGAGGAGCUCAAUGUUCAGCAGGAGACUGAGGACCAGAACUAUGGGAUUUUCCUGGAGAUGAUGGAAGCCAGAAACAAAGCUGGCUUCAGCUCCCCGGGUGGUCCUUCCAACGGCCAGAGCCCCUCCUCAGGCUCCCAGUCCCCCAUCGUCCCCCAGAGCGGGCCCUCCACCCCUGGGGCCUGCCCCAGCCCCUGCACCCCCCAGCAACCCCCUCUCCCACCCCAGCCCCUAACUAUCUCCAACCCCACCCCCAGGCCAGUUCAGGGCCCCCCCUCCUACACCAACCCUAUCCUUAACCCCUGUCCCCCUCUCCAGAACACAGCACUCCCUAGGGGUCCAGGUUACCCACAGCAGCCCCCAAACCCCCAGGGGCCCCACCAUGGGGGAGCCACACCUGUCCCGACCCCCCAGUCACCCAGUGUCGCCCAGGACCCCCCUGCCCAGAAGAGAGGAUUCAUGUCACGCCUCUUUGGAUCAGCCACCCCUGAGACUCCCGCUGAUGGCCCAGGCGAGAAGGUGCGGAAUGUGGAUGACUUUGUGCCCGAUGUGGGCGUCGGCCGUAGCUUCCUGGAGGAGGGGGCCGCUGCCAAAGCCAAGGAGAAAGCUCGAAAAGCAGCCAACAUGGACAGUGACAGUGACGGUGAGGGCCGAGGGGGGAACCCCAUGGUGUCAGGGUUCCAGGACGAUUUUGCCCCAGAUGAGCUGUGCCAGUCUGUGCCCAAGUCUGUGCCCAAGGCAGCCGCCGUCCCCAGCAUGGGCAUCACCUUGACCAGCGAUGAAGAGGACGAGGGGACGAAGGCACUUAAAGUCAUCCAGGACGGUGGAUCGGACAGAAGGAGAUCCUCCUCCAAUGCUUUGAAGACUCAAAACAAGACCGGAGAAGCCAAGAAACCAGCCGCCUUAAAGAUGUCGUCUGAGCCUGUCUCAUUCCUGAACCCGACACCAGCCCCAGUGCAGUCCAUGCGGGCAGGCAAGAAGAAGGGAGGGGAUGAAUCCUCCCACUCAGGCCAAGAAGCCCCAGUGGCCGAUCAGAUGCUAUCCUUCGUCAUGGACGAACCAGACUGUGAGGACAAGGAGUUUGAGAAGCCCAAGAAAAAGAAGGAGCCUUCGGUUGUACUGGAGUACCUGGAGCCGGUCAAGCCCUCUGUCCUCCCCAUCAAGAGCGACAACCUGGACCUGUUUGGACUGGGAUUCCAGGAGGUGGCGCCCAAGAGCAAGGAGAGCAGUGAGGACCAAGAUGACCGAGAAAGUAGAUCCUCAACAAAGGACAAGAAGAAGAAGAAGAAGAAGAGUAAAGAGGAGGAUGACAAAAGCAGCAAGAAACGACACAAACAGAAGAAAAAGGAGGAGUCAGGGAGCGGGGACGAGAAGGAGAAGAAGAAAAAUAAGUCAAAGUCGACCAAGAAGGCCGGAGGUGUGGUGGACGACCUUGAGUCUUUCCUCGCCGGAGACGAAGACUAUGAGGAGAUGUAGAACUCCCCCCAGCUUCCAAUCAGGACUACGUUCUGCUUCAGCAUUCUAGGGUCAGGAUGUAGCCAUGACGACGAAAGAAUGCGUCGACUGACUGGCUGAGUGAUCGAAGACUGCGAUUCUCAUUGGGUGAUUCUUAUUUCCCACUUCCUGACGUUGUGGUGCCUCUACGGUUUGAUUUUGAUAAUUUGUGGUUGACAUUGUUUGUUUUGCUUACCCUUUUACUGCACAUUACCGUCAUACAGCAACACUACUGCAAAACUGUAGCUGGUAUAUCCAGGUUUUGAGUUUACACUCAGAGGACAAAUGUUCAACCACCAUUACUUUAUGAUGUUUCCACAGUCUAAUAGACUUGGGUACAUUCACUACAAUGUCUUUGCUAUUCCAUUGUCUUUUCCCAUUGGGCCUGCUUUCGGAAAAAGGCUUUAGAACUGACCCUAGUACAGAGUUGUGGCUAUUUCUAUAUGGGAGCGUUCUCCUUUACACUGACCAGUGUUCAGGAGUCGGGGGACGUGUGUGUGCAUUCAUUGUUAUGAAUUAUGUUGAACAUUGCUUCAGCAGCGAUAUAAAUGCUAUUUAUGUUUGUCUGGUGUCAGAUUUUCGAACUAUGUCUCGGUACAGUAUGAUUUUGUGAGUCUUUACCAAACAAGACAUUUUGGGAGUUUCUCUGAAAUAAUUCAGCAAAUUACACUGAUCGUUUUGUUUUGACGUCAAUGCCUUAAGAAAGCUUUACUUUAACACUGGAAAGCUUUACUUUUAACUCUGAAAGUGGCGAUAUGGAUGCCUUUUAGUAGUAGAGAUCUGAUUGUUGAGUGAUGCCAUCAUUCUGGCAAAACACAAUGCAAGGGAAGCCCAGAUACAAUGUCAUUUUGUCCAAGCUGCUGUACUGUUAAGGCAUGUGUUGUUGUUUUUACUAUGUGGCAGUUGUGCAAUAUCAUUUAAAGUUUUUCUAAUAACCAAUGUAAUUUAACGUUCUUCCAUUAACCGAUUGAUGUGUUUCUUGAAGACAUGUUUUAAAAUGUCCAUGGUUACCUGUAACUUUUACAUUCUGUUACACUAGUUUGCUUGGGUCCUAUUUCUUGAUGUUGCUGAGUACCAUGUAGGAUGGUUUUGGUGUGUAGUGAUAUCUCAUAAUGGAACAUAGCACUUACUGAACUUGUUUACUUUACUAUAGUGGAGUGUGGAAGUGUGUUAGUCAGCCAUAACUACACACUACUAUCUAUCUACACUCCGAUCCAGGGGAUGUUUACAACAAAGUAAAUGGCCUCAAGCUAUUCAUUCCACCUUAAGUCCCCUUAGAAAGAACUGACAAAAUAUCAGGAAUGUAUUUAGAUUAAUAUCAUACAUAUAUAAAUGUAUGUAUUGUUACCAUUCCAUAUUUAUUUUGAAAUAUUAAGAAAAUAUUUUUGGACAUUGAACAAAUCCCGUGUUAAUAUAUCCAUUAUAGAAAGGUAUAUGCACAAACGUUUAUUCAUGCAUUUGUACUGCAUAUUUCUCUAUGUGUGUGUGUUUACCUUGCUCCUCUUCGUUGUGUGUAAAAUAGGUAUUUUGGACUGUCUUUAAAAGAAACACUACAUAUCCAAUUCCACCCAGCCAUUUAUGGACCGUGACUGCAGUUGACUGCUAGUUAGGUAUCCUGACCACUGCCUCACUGUAUAUCAUCAGGGAGAACAUGCAACAUUUCCAGACUGUGUAUCGGAACCUACUGUACAUUAAUGGAACUGUUACUUAUAUCAAUAGAACUCUUACUUACACAAUAGAACUGUUACAUCAAUAGAACUGUUACUCACAUCAAUAGACCUCUUACUUACAUCAAUAGAACUGUUACUCACAUCAAUAGACCUCUUACUUACAUCAAUAGAACUGUUACUUACACAAUAGAACUGCUACAUCAAUAGAACUGUUACUUACAUCAAUAGAACUGUCCCUAGAGACUGCUCUGCGAGCGUUCGUUCGUUGAAUCAGGUAGACCUAUAGCUCUGUCUUUCCCUGACUGCUCGGAUAUCCUUGGUCCUCUCUGGUUGAAGGAGGUAUACUCUGGGGACACCGGGGUCCCCUCACACCUCAUCCCCCUCUUCUGGGUUGGUCCUCUUCCUCACCCUAGGGAGUGAUGUCAUUGGUGCUGUAGCCUAAACCCCCCCCAAGCUGGCUUGACAGCAGGGAACUCAGCUUCACAAACCCAAUGUGGCGAGGUCGACCAUGGGUCAUCCCCAGUGUUUCCCCCCAGGCAGCUAUCUGCCUGUCAGGCUAGGCCAAGGCACCCAGCCACUAUCGCUCACUAUGGAGCAAAUCCUAACUUCCGCUUGAGUCGAAUAAUGUCAGUUGGUGUCCUGUUGACAUUAAUGCAUGACUAAGUGAACAUUUUGCUUAAGUGGAAGUUGGGAUUCACCCCAAGCGAGCCACGUCAACUCGUCAAAUAGUCCUUCUGCAUGAGCGUGUCACUGUGAGAAACAGCAACACACCUGGCUGUACCACCGUAGAAUUAGAAUUUGUAGAACAGUGUUUUUAGUGCAUACAUUAUGGAGGGAUAGUGUCUGUUCUAGUUAAUCUACUAUUGUGUUUAUGUAAUAUAACCCAGUCCUACGACCUGCUUGGUUUUUGGGGGGGUGGAUUUUGUUUCAUUCCAUUAUUCUGCUUUUUGUUCAAUGAUGUGUAAAGGAAUUUUAUUUUGAUUUAUGUAGAUCAAACCAAUGCAACUUUUUGUUUACUGCUUUUUCUGUGGUGUGAUGUCUUAUGGGUGAAGUUAAAACAGGAAUCAUUCAAAUCAUGCAAACUGCCAGUGAAGGGUGGCAACAAGCAAACUUGAGAUUGCUAUUACCUCUUGGUUAUAUCUUCCAUAAAAUCCUCUCGAUUUUAAACAUGUCAUCUCCAUUGUGCAUUGUCUUCAUCUUGCUCCCUGCAUAUUGUCUUUGUUGAGGUUAUUGUGUGUAUAUUUGGUUGAAUUGUUUAUAUUUUGGUCUGUUUAUAUGUAUGCAACUGAAUAUAUUGAGAGAUGGUGGGUAACUGGGGAAAAAAAGUAAGAUUAUUUUGACAUUCCUCGUAUGCUUCAAUCUACACACUGUAAGUGAUCAAAUUGUCUAAUAAAUGCAAAAAUACUUUAAA